GGGAGGUUAACUAGAGAUUUUAGAUAUAAGCCGAUAAGCAACUCUCGCUGCCAGUGAGCCUUGGGUGAAAGACAGAAUCUGUAAAAAGGCAGUCAGUCAGCUGUUGUACUUCAACGAGUGAACGUAUAUGUAUGCAAAAUGUCAGUCAACGCUUAUUAAACAAAAGAACUUCAUUACAUAACUGAAAACCACUAAAACAAUUAACCGUAGACCGUGCUAUGUCUCGAUCAGUGUAAAAAGAAAGGAAAGAGUAACCAGGAAGAAAGUGAAGUGAAGUGAUAAUCCAUUAACGACAAAAAAACUUCCACUAAACAGAAGCCUCCUCGACGAACAGCCGGUUAACCAGAAAAUCUCUGCGAUAACCGGGCUAAUUUUCGGAUAAACCGAGACAUUCAGGAUGAGAAUUGACGGAGAAAACGGAGCACCUCUGUCCCCCGGUUCCUCCGCAGCAUCCAACUCAUCCGCAGAUGAGAUGAUAGAAAAUGAGAACCAGAGUCUGCGGGACCGAGUGGCAGACUUAGAGAAAAAGGUCCACGAGCAGACAGAUGAAAUUAUGUGUUUGAGGUCAACACUGGCUGAUGUUUUGAGAAGAAUUAACACAAUUGAAGGUGCCAGAGAUACAAGAAAAAAAUCCUCCUCGCGCACAAAUCACCAGCCAGAGCACCCUUUCAUCGCCUCGUUUCCUUCAUCAGUAGUGAACAGCCACAGCGGGGGUCGAGCCACCCCGACGAAGGAGGGCGUGAGGCUUCGACACCACCACAGUGACUCAGCCAGGGACGUCUCCAAGCGGGCCUCCUCCUACGUCCCCGGCAGGUCCCCUUCAGCGACACAGAUCAGGUAAAAGAU